AUGCUGGCGCCCACCAGGAGUAGGGCCUUGGCCUCGGCUCUGCACGCCGCACCGUCCUCCGUCACCCUACCAGGCUUCCUGGUACCCGCCUUCCACAAUGUGCCUUCACCGUCGUCGCCAGCAGCACCCUCGACACCGUGGCGGCCGUUCUCCCACACCUCGUCCAAGCCCUCCAAGCUGGGCCGCACGCCCAUCUCGAUCCCGCCGGGCGUCGAGCUGACGGUCGGCGAGCCGUUCGUCGUCAAGGACCCAACCACGUACCUGCGGAUCCCGAGGCGCACCGUGACGGUGACGGGCCCGCUGGGCCAGCUGCAGCUCAACGUGCCGCCGUACCUGCAGAUCGCGCAGGACGGCGAGGCGCGCAAGGCGGUGCUGUCGAUCGAGGACCGCGAGGAGCGGCAGCAGAUGGCCAUGUGGGGCACGACGUGGGCGUACCUGCAGCAGUACAUCCUGGGCGUGUCCGAGGGCCACACGGCCAUCCUGCGCCUGGUCGGCGUCGGCUACCGCGCCACGGUCGAGGAGCGCCCCAAGAAGGCCCAGUUCCCCGGCCAGAAGUUCGUCUGCCUCAAGCUCGGCUUCACCCACCCCGUCGAGGAGCCCGUCCCCGCCGGCAUUACGGCCAGCACCCCCCAGCCCACCCGCAUCCUGCUCGAGGGCAUCAACCUCGAGGAGGUCAAGAGCCUCGCCGCCCGCAUCCGCCAUUGGAGACGGCCGGAGCCGUACAAGGGCAAGGGCAUCUUUGUCAACGACGAGACGAUCAAGCUCAAGCAGAAGAAGAUCAAAUAG